AUGAUUGUCCGAGCACCUCUUUCAUUAUUCCUUCUCUCGUUCCUUUCACAAUGGCAUCUUGUAGAUCCACGACAAAUGUCGGAUCCUGCCGAUAGCCCCAACAAUCUGCGGCAAUUAAUGGCAAACCACAAUGCUCAGCUAUACUGUCGGCCCGCCGCACAGCCACCGCAUCAAGUCUCCACAUGGCAGAAUGAUUUCCCCAAUGACCUCAACGAUUUGCCGGUCGGACUCUGCGAAGGGACCAUCCAAAUCAUGGACGAUGGACGCAUGUGCGCCACGGGAAAAGUCAGCUACGAUCAACUGCAAGCCGUAUCGGGACCACUACGACCCAUUUAUCAACUCACAGCGGGAGAAAUAUCCAUCAAUGGACACAUGAUUGGAGGAAGUGGGUAUGUGUGGCUGGGACCAGAAGUUCGUUAUCUAUACGAUUUCAUCACGUCGUAUACCGUCGAGGGCGUCGAAUAUCCCAAUGAUUCCAGAAUCAAUGACAAUCUGGUGGCGGCCAGUCGAGGUGCCAUUGAUGGCGUUUGCUUGUCGCCGGAAUUUCGAACCGAAGAACGAUUCUACGAAAUCUCACACAAAACUACCGUCACCACCAAUGAACCACUCGAUCUGGACAUUGUCGAUAGGGCAUCCUACACGUGGAUCAGCCGGUAUCUCACCAACUACGAAUUCCAUGAAUGGAGAGCUAGUGACGGGGGUAUCUUUGAUAUUGGACAGCUGACCUACAAAAUCUCCAAUGGGUUGACCACCUUGUUCGCUUUUGUCUCCAUGCCCAGUAUUACCAGUGGAGGAGGUGGCCUCUUUAGUUUUAUACCAACCAAUGUCUUUGCGCCGCUCUCGCGAACUGUCAUUAGUGGAACCCUGUCGACACUCAAGUUCCCGGUGCCAGUGUCGGCACCGGAUGAUAUCACAGAAGCUAUCCAAAUUGAUGUGGAAUACCGUGUUCUUCGACAAGCACUCAAACGAGGUCUUUUCACCUCAAAACGCGUCCCUCUCUACUACUACGUACGCUUCAAGAGAGUAUACCCGUUUGAAAACUCCAACUCGUGCUGGAACGAAACUGCUGUCAUUUUGGAAAUCACGGGGCCGCAAGGAGACGGGGCUAAAUUGGAUGCCUGGGUCGACGAAGUUGUGACGCCGGCGCUAUUGGAUGCGGGUGGGACCAUUGGGUUGCAUUUUGGAAAGCGCAUUCCACCCCGAAGCCUCACUACUCAAAAAGCACUGGAAAAAUAUGCCUCCUGUGGAGCGGAACUCAACCUCAGCCCCGCCAACUGUUAUCAUCCACAAUGUGCCCGAACAACGACGCCUCAGCAAUUCACGUAUCCUCCGCAGUAUUAUACAUAUGAUGCCUAG